UGCUCCUCUGUGUCUGCUGCACCUGCGCUCUGCUUCCUCCUCCCCGUCUUCACCUCACCGCCCACCGGUCUGUUUGUUUCCUCGUCGUCAUCGCUGAUGUCUUUAUCUUACCUGCCGUGCCACACUCGCCCGAGUCACUCCUUUCUCCACCUGCCGGUUCAAACCACAACAACACGAGACACUACCGACACGACUUUUCCCUUUAAAAUGUGGACUACAGCGCGUUAAGUGACGAGGUGCCGCCGCCGCUGCCGCCACCGCCUCCUCCUCUUUCUUGGGGGAAAUGCAGGACCAAAACGGCAAAGCAGCGCACGGGAGUCCCGAUGUAGCGAGUGAAAACACAGCUCAGGUAGGAGCGGAGAAUUCAGUUCAUUUCAACGAUCAUACAAUCACGCAAAAUGGCCACAGCGCAACAACUACGGCUGGUCCACAGUCGCCGAUUGACUCUCGAGCCCCGAGUCCUUUACCCACUCCAGUUCAGAUUGAGCCGAGGGAGCAGUGGGGAGGAAAGUAUGAGUUCCUGCUCUCCUGUAUCGGAUAUUGUGUGGGACUGGGAAACGUGUGGCGGUUCCCGUACCUUUGUUACCGCAAUGGAGGAGGUGUGUUUCUCAUCCCCUACUUCAUUAUGCUCUUUGUCUGUGGUGUUCCACUCUUUCUAAUGGAGCUGAGUUUAGGCCAGUAUGGAGCAGCUGGCCCCAUCACUGUGUGGAAAUGCUGCCCCCUUCUCAAAGGUAUUGGCAUUGGAAUGCUCUGUGUGUCCACACUGGUGUGUCUCUACUAUAACGUCAUUAUAGCGUGGACUUUUUACUACCUCGGCAGCUCUUUUCAGAGCCCCUUACCCUGGUCCUGUGAAGCUUUGGCCAACGCAGCCAUCUGUGCUAACAACACAAUCAGCAACAGCUCCAGUGGUCGAGCCCUCAGCCCCUCAGAAAUCUUCUGGAAUGAGCGAGUGCUGGGUGUCGUGAACAGUGAGGGCCUUCAUGACCCAGGCCCUGUGCGAUGGCCCCUGGGCCUGUGCCUCCUGGCCGCCUGGAUCAUCAUCUUCUUGUGUAUGCUCAAGGGCAUCCACAGCUCUGGCAAGGUGGUUUAUGUAACAGCCACCUUCCCGUACUUUGUGCUCAUUGUACUCAUCAUCAGAGGUGCUACACUGGAGGGCUCUCUUCAGGGUGUUGCCUUCUACCUCACACCGGACUGGAGCCGGUUAGCUAAUGCACAGGUGUGGAAUGAUGCAGCCUCACAGAUCUUCUACUCUUUAGGUAUUGGUGUUGGAGGGCUGCUUUCUAUGGCCUCUUACAAUAAGUUUGACAACAAUGUCAUCAGGGACACUAUAAUCAUCACCACAGGAAACUGCUGCACCAGCUUCUUUUCUGGAUUUGCUAUAUUCUCAAUCCUGGGCCAUAUGGCAUGGAGGAAGGGAGUGCCUGUUGCAAAGGUGGCAGAUUCAGGUCCUGGUUUAGCAUUCGUUGCUUACCCAGAAGCCCUCGCUCUACUGCCAGGCUCGGUGUUCUGGUCCAUUCUGUUCUUCCUCAUGCUGUUUAUGCUGGGGGUCGAUACGCUGUUUGGAAACAUGGAGGGCAUCACAACUGCUGUGCUGGACGAAUUCCCGCAGCUCAGAAGGAACACUCUACACAAGUCCUUGUUCUUGGGCACUCUGUGUCUUUUCUUUUACCUAAUGGGUCUUUUGCUAGUGACUGAUGGAGGGAUUUACUGGUUCACCCUCAUUGACUCCUUCAGCACUAGUUUCGGCCUCAUCAUCAUCACCCUCUUCAUGUGCAUUGGCAUCUCCUUCUUUUACGGAGUUGACCAGUUUUGCCAAGACAUCAUUGAUAUGAUCUGCCAUUGCCCUCCCUGGUGCAGCAAAGUGUUGAUUUACUUCAAGGCAUGCUGGGUUUUCUUCACGCCGUUUCUUCUGCUAUUCAUCCUGACGUACAUCUUCAUUGAGAUGUACAACACAUCACUCACCUACGGGUCCUACGUGUACCCACGCUGGGGCAAAGCGCUGGGCGUGUGCAUGGGUGCGACCUGCUCUCUACAGAUCCUCAUCUGGGGCACUGUGGCCAUCUGCAAGCAAACUGGAACAUUGAAAGAACGUUUCCAGAAAUCGAUUCGACCUCUGAAUACCUGGCGGGUAAACAACGUGAACAGCGCGAGGGCAGCAGAGGAGUUUGUAGAGCCUGAGAGAGUGGAGGCUCCGUUCACUGUCACGCUUACAGACAUGGACUUCAAUGCGAUGACAUGGGAGGUGGGAAGUGAGUCGUGACAGCGCCGAGAGCAGUGAUGAAAGCACAGCAACGAGCAAACUGGAUGUCACCGAGAGAGAAAAAAGGAAUUCAUCAUUAUCCUAUUUGCCUCUGGUGGCUGUGUCAGAACAGACUGUGUCCUGUGGGACUGUGUGGAUGAACUGUGUUAUUUAUACUCGUAUGUAUGAUUGGAAAGUAUUUUGAAAAGCAUUUUUUACAAAGUGUAGCAUACAGGUUUACAGUUGUUUGAAAGUUUGGAUCAUCCUCAUCUUGCAUUGUAGUAUAGUAGGACAUUUGAAUUUAAAGAACAUGGUUCUGAUUGUAUUUAUUGUCAUAGCGGUGUAAUGCAAUUAAUUUUCACCAACAACAGGUAGCAGCAGCAUGGGGACUUUUUUUAAUUAUCUUGUACAGAGACUCUUGGCUGUUACCAUAUCAUCACAUGAAGAAGUGACCACAAAUCAUCAGCCUUCCAGACUGAACGGUGUUUACAAAACAGCCGUACCAAGUCUGGACUAGUUUUUAAUUAAUCAUACUUUUUUUUUUUUUUUUUUUUUAAUGGUUUUUAAAAAUACAUUUUGCAAUUAUAAAUAAAUUUUAUUUAAAAAGA